AUGAAGGUUAUCAGUGACGAAGAGCUCAAAGAACACAACAAAUGGGUUUUACAGGCUGGUCUUAAAGGUGCGGGUCUCGGUGUGAUCAUUUCGCUUGGUAUUUUUGGACUUGCCCGUUACAAGUUUCCCACGAGAGUUGCCAACAUGACGUGGUCUGUCAGAACAGGUGCCUUUGUUAUUCCACCUGCAUUUUGUAUUACAGUUAACGCCGCUAAUGCUUCCGAGAGCUUUGGUAGUCUCAAGUACAACGACGAUGUUGCUCUAAGCGAAGCAAGGGCAAAGGAGAACGAUGACUGGUCUGCCAUGACUGGUAGACAGAAAACUAUUCAAGUGUUGAACAGCAACAAGUACAAAAUCAUCACCGGACUUUGGGCCCUAUCAAUGUGGGGAUCAUGGAAAUAUGUCAGCAGAGAUAAACUUCUUUCCAAAUCCCAGAAAUUCUACGAUGCGAGAAUGUACGCGCAAUUCAUCACCAUUGUGUUACUUUUGGGUUCCAUAGGAUUGAGUAUGAUGGAUGAUAAAGACGCAAAGAACUCACGAAAAUUCGACGAUCUGGCCGACGACGAUUACAUGAGGCAGAUAAUGUCGCAAAACUUACAGGCUGAACAGGCACAAAAGGAAAUUAGACAGCAGAAGGCUAAGGCCGCCAACUAG